GGUUCCAUCCAGGUCAGGCGGUAUAAUCGAUAUAAAACCGGGGCGACCGUUCGCGUGGUUCCCAUUCGAAAAUGUCGAAGGCGGUUGUUUCGGUGGUGCUCGUCGUGGCGCUGGCAUGGCUUGGACAAGUUUCUUCCAGAAAUGUACGCGAAAUUGACAGCUUAACCACAGAAGAAAGUGUCCCUCUACAGAAAAACGAAAAUCCAUUAUCGGAAUCAACGUUCCAAAUUGAGGACAUUUUCGAUGGUACCGAACAAACAGAAACCGAUCAGUCGAUAGACAAAGGCUUAACAAAAGCAAUUGCCUUCAAUAAUGAUACCAUUGAAGACGAACUUCCCCAAGGCCGAGUAUUUUAUACAGGCAGCCAAUUGUGGAAAACAAUUGUGGAUAAUGAGGACAAAAUUGACGUAUUGGCCAAGUUAAGAGAGGAACAAGAUAUAACAAUGUGGGGAGGUAAUUCGUCGUCCAUUGAUAUCUUGGUCAAGUCAGAUUCGAUCAAAAAAGUUAGGAAUGCCUUAAGCGAAAAGAAUAUUAAAUUUUACGUGACUAUUGACGAUCUUCAACAAGCUAUAGACGAUGAAAAUCCUCCAUUAGAAGAGGAGGACUUUGACAACAGGAAUGGUCAUCGUCUUACAUGGCAAGCUUACCAUCGCUUGGAAGACAUUCAUGACUAUUUUGAUCACUUGGUCGAAACUUAUCCUGAUUUAAUCACGCUCCAAGAAAUUGGCCGUUCCGUUGGAGGCCGUCCAAUAAAAUUAUUAAAAAUAUCCAAUGGCCAAAGUGGAAAUAAAGCUGUUUGGAUUGACGGUGGUAUUCAUGCUAGAGAAUGGAUUACUCCUGCUACUGUAACUUUUAUAAUCAAUAACUUCGUCAGUAAUUGGGAAAAUGAACCAAAGUACGUGCAAAAUAUCGACUGGUAUAUUGCUCCGUUACUAAACCCUGAUGGCUACGAAUACACGCACACUGUUGAUAGACUGUGGCGUAAAAAUAGAAGAGGAGCUGGAAGAUGUUCAGGCACAGACCUCAACCGAAACUUUGGAUAUCGCUGGGGUGGUCAAGGCUCUUCCAAAAAUCCAUGUGCCGAAACAUACGGGGGCUCAGGACCGUUCUCAGAGCCGGAAACGAUGGCUAUUCAACGGUUCAUUAGUGACUCAGACGCCAAAUGGAAAGCGUAUAUCUCGUUCCAUUCUUAUGGCCAAUACAUACUGUAUCCCUGGGGUUAUAACAGGGUCGUGCCACCGGAUUAUAAAGAACUGGAAGAAGUGGGGCAGAAGAUGGCUCAAGCUAUACGAAACGCUGGAGGUCCAGCAUAUACUGUAGGGCCGGCAGGAAACACUCUAUACCCAGCUGCUGGUGGUUCAGAUGAUUGGGCCAAAGGAACAAUGAAAAUAAAAUAUGCAUACACAAUUGAAUUAAGAGAUAAUGGCAGGUAUGGUUUUGUCCUCCCCGCUAGCUACAUACAACCUACAGCCAAAGAAGCACUAGCAGCAAUUAGAGUAAUUGCUGAAGCAGCCAAUAAAGCUUAAUACCUGUGUUAAUACUAUAUUUAAAUGUAUUUAUUUGUGGUGAUACUCAUAUUUAUUUACUUACUAUGAUAUUAUUUAUUAAGUAAUUCUAGAUAUAGCUUUUAAUGUAUAGGUAAUUAUAAAAUCAAUUUUCUAUUUUACAUCAAACUUGAUAGAAGUUUUUCAUUAAAAAUAUAUUCAUAUUUUAUCUAUAUAUUUAUGUUAAGAAAAUAUUAUCAGACUUACUUAUAUUACAGCAUACAAAUGUAUAAGUCAAUUAUUUUUCUAUCUAGCAGUUUAUAUUAAACU